AUGUCUUUGUACGACCUGGUCGUCGUUGGUGCCGGUCCCUCAGGACUCAUAGCAGCCCAUACGUGGCUGACCGUUCAACCUCAAUCGAAAGUGAUUAUUUUUGAGGCUGGAAGAUUCAUUGGAGGAACCUGGAGCAAGGAUCGAAUCUAUCCAACCAUGAUGACACAGACACCCUUAGGCAUGUUCGAAUAUUCGUCUUAUCCAAUGGACCAACCCAAGACGACAUUCAAUGAGCUUUUUUCAGGCGAACAUACUUGUCAGUACCUAUCUGACUUCUCGCGCUCGGUACAAUUCGCGGGUGAAACAAUUCAUGAUCGUAUUGAUUUCGAUUCAAGAGUCACCAAGAUAUGGAAAUCCAACCAUUUGUGGACCAUUGAGACAUCUAAGGAGCAAACAGUCCGCGGUCGAAAAAUGAUCUUAGCGACUGGAUUGACAUCUACACCAAAGAUGCCGCCUUUCCUGCAGCAGAACACAAGCGUCCCAAUCUUUCAUUCCCGGGAUCUGGCAGUCGCUUCUCCUAUCUUAUCAUCAUCUUUUGUCCGAGAUGUUAUUGUGAUCGGUGGCUCGAAGUCUGCGUUUGACGCAGUCUAUCUCUUGUCCAAACUAGGCAAAAGGGUAUCGUGGAUCAUACGACCAGGUGGACAUGGACCAGGCAUGCUCGCUAGCUCUGGUGGUGCAGGGCCUUUUAAGUCUUCUCACGACCUCAUCUCGUUAAAGCUGAUUUCAAAGAUGAGCCCCUGCGUUUUUGAAGAGUCCGAUGGUUGGACAAAAUUCUUCCACCAAUCACUGGUGGGAAGUUGGCUUGUCAAGGCUAUAUGGCAUCUGGUGGAUAAAAUAUGGCAAGCAAACGCGAGCUAUCAACGUGAUGAGAACUUCGCGCAGCUAAGGCCAGACCGACCGGCUUAUUGGUGCUCUGAUAAUUUGGGUGUGCAGAACACUCCCGAUCUGUGGGACACCUUAUCUAAGGCAACAGUCGUCCGAGGAGAGAUCAUCAGAAUCGAGACAACAAGGCUGUCCUAA